UUUUGGAAGCGUUUUCAACCCCCUUUUGCUCAAAAUCCCCACCCUUCUCUCAAAUAACUACCUAUUUUCUGCCUCUCUUUUGCCCCCAUUUCGGUUUCAUUCUAAAACAAGCAGUAGUCGUAAUAUAAAAGAAGAAAGUAUCAACAAAUAAAUGCUACAAGACGCCAUCGCCCUCAACACGCCAGCAGAGCUUGCCGUUCUUCUGAGCCAGUCAUCUUCCGACCCGCAUGUGCUGCCACAGGACAGCCACGGCUUCGUCCGACACGCCCAGUUUGCCACAAUGUCCCGACUGCUUACGUGCCUGGUCAACGAGCGCUUGACAUCGGCGCUUUGCUGCGUCACCACACCGGGCAGCCCCGACUUUUUGCUCGUUACAGGGCCAGUAAAGGCGGCCAACAGCAACAUAUGGGUUGCAGGUACGCUGGUGUUUCAGCUACGACAUAGACCAAUCCUGGCCUCUGCCCCUGAUGGCUGGACCAACGCGUGGCCCGUCCGUCUUUUGGACCCCGAGGACCUGGGGCUUUGCGCCUGGCGUACUGACUGCGUUGACCUGGCGCAGAAUACAUGGAGUGGAGCCACGUUGGAGUGCCCGAAGGAGCUCAUGCGGCAUAUUGGCGGGUGGGGCGCACUGGACAGAGAUGCUGUUGAAGUUAUCUGCCAGGAACUACAUAGCUCCAUGGAGCACCAGGCGCAUGCCUAUGCGCAGCAGGCUAGCGGACGCACUGUGCCAAGCAUGCAGAAGGCAUCAGAUAUUGACUGGGAGCAGUCUAUCGUCGAAGGCCACGCCACGCACCCGAUGCACCGUGCGCGGCACGCUUUGCCACCGCUGGAACCGCUGGAGCCACACACCGAGUUCCGGCACCUGCGCCUGAGAUUUGUGGCUGUUGCUCGCGAGCAAAUGACUGUGCGUGGCGACUAUCACGAAUUGCUGAUGCCAUUGUUGCAGGCUGCCAAGCCGCUGGGCAGUGCCAAAGGCACAAUGCUGAACGAGGUUGAUUUGCAGACCCAAGUCGUGGUGCCAGUGCACCCGUUGCAUUUGCCGGCUGUGCGUGCGCGCUUUCCGUUUGCGCGUGUUCUGGAUUUUGACGCAGAUGCCGAGGCCCAGGCGUCCCUGCGCACGGUGUCACCAAAGGACCUGCGUGCCAGCGGGCUGGAUAUCAAGCUCCCGCUGGGAGUCAAGACAUCCUCGGCUCUGCGCACGAUCAGCACGUAUUCUGCGUUUCUUGGCCCUCAACUCACGCCUUUGCUAACGCCAAUUCUUGCUUAUUCAAAUGCCCCACUCGAUUCGGACACUGCCAAGUACCUGGCCUGCAUCCUGCGCCGCAACCCCCAGAGUCUGUGCGCAGAAAAUGAGCGCGCAGUGGUGGCUGCUGCGUUGACUGAGCGAUUGGCCAAUGGUUCCAGCGCUGUGUGCGCUCUGUGGCCCAAUUUGGAAACCGUAUCGCAGAAACGCGAGUUCUUGCGCACAUACACCGGCCUUCUGUUCGACGCCUUCCUCCCGCCACUGAUGACACACGCAUUUGCCUUGAGGCACAUCAACAGAACACAUUGGGAUUUUGGCGGCAUUAUGGUUCACAUGCCUACAUUCUCUAGGCCUCUCACGCACGACAGCAAGUCUCCAGAAGAAGCAUAUGGCGUGGCCUUCCAUGCAUUGGUACAAUGCCAGAUUCACCGCCUCGUUAGAGCAUUGGACCUUCAUUAUGCGGGCGGAGGGUGGCAAAUUGUGCGAGAAGAGUUUGCGCGCGUAGUCCCGCGUAAUGUGCCACUUUGGCAGGCGUGGAUGAGGGAGGAGGUACCACUUAAGAGCUUUGUUACUAUGAAACUUGGCGGCCUUUAUCGCGACUAUGUCUACUCCACCGUGCCCAAUAUUUUGCUUUAUCGGGAUGAGCCGCUUGGUCUAGUGGAAGCUUAACUUUGAAAUCCACAUUCUUUUUAUUGAGUUGGUUUUAUAACAAAAAUUUCAAAUAUAACUAGAAAUAUAACUAGAAAUGGAAAUAAAAAUAA